AUGAGCCAAGAACUACCCACCCACAAUAGCCAAGACAACUUCUUUGGCUUGCCUUCGACAUGGUCGCAUUGCCUAAACCCUCUGGAGAAUGGCGUCCCAGGCCGCUUUGAGGGCGAGGUAGCCAACCUGGUCGUCUUUGGUGAGAUACCCAAAGAGAUCGAUGGUACAUUCUAUCGCAUCAUGGUAGACCCUUUCUUCCCUCUCCAACCAGGCAACCCACCUAUCGAAGGCGAUGGUAAUGUUUGUGCUUUUCGCAUUCACAAUGGAUCCGUCGAUAUGAAGACCAAAUAUGUCGAAACUGAACGCCUCAAGCUGGAGCGCAAAGAGAACAAUAGGCUCUUCGGCCUGUACCGCAGCCCCUUCUCUCACCACCCAUGCGUCCGCGCAGCAAUAGCCUCAACGGCGAAUACCAAUCUCGUCUUCUGGGCUGGGAAGCUUCUCGCUCUAAAGGAAGUGGCCCAGCCAUACGAGGUGCACCCAGAUACCCUCGAUACCAUCGAAUACGACCCAUUCCGGAGUCCUGGAGAGACCUUCACUGCACACCCAAAGGUUGACCCGUUUACUGAGGAGCUUGUCUGUUUCGGAUAUGAAGCGAAAGGCCUCGCAACUGAUGAUAUCGUUAUUUACUCCUUGGAUAAAGACGGAAAGAAACAUCAUGAGCAAUGGAUCAAAGCACCUUGGUGUGGUUUUAUUCACGACUGCGCCAUUACCAAGAACUUUAUUAUUCUCGUCCUUUGGCCCUUCGAGGCUGACCUGGAACGGAUCAAGGCGGGUGGUCAACACUGGCAGUAUAACUACGACCGCCCUGCUACCUUUGUUGUUGUGCCAAGAAGGCCAGAUGAUCUUCCAUCCGGCUGGAAGACGGGAGAGUCCCGUGUUUAUCACUGGCAAAAUGCCGUCGUGAUGCACACAGCAUCGGCUUGGGAAGAGGACAAUGGGAUACUUUUCUUCGAAAGCUCCCGCGUCUGUUAUAACAUCCUCCCCGUAUUCGAACCCCCGAAUAGCCAGCAAUACAUGAGCAACACAAAGGCGGACUACGUGCGAUGGGAAAUCGAUCUCAACAAACCCAGCGGGACCCAAGUCGAAGAGCCUAAAGUCAUCCUUGAUCUCCCCAGCGAGCUAGCCCGCGUGGACGAAAGAUUCCUGACUCGCCCUUACGACCGCAUCUUUUCUCCUGUACUUGUUCCUGAUAGAACGAGUGCCCUACCGCCCAUCGUGCCCCUGUGUUUGAACGGCUAUGUGAUGAUCGAAAAGAAGAGCGGUAGGAACACCUUCUUUGAUCCUGGUUAUCACAGCACUACUGAAGAGCCGAUCUUCAUUCCGCGAUCGAAGGACGCUCCGGAGGGUGAUGGAUGGGUCAUGGGAAUGGUGCAGAGAAUUGACGUGAAUCGGAGUGAUUUGGUUGUGAUAGACACCAAGGACUUCACUAAGCCGGUUGCUGUUAUACAGCUACCGUUUCGGACCAAGAACCAGAUCCAUGGCAACUGGGUCGAGGCAGAAACACAGUUGAAGGGCUACAAGUCUUUGGUGAGAACAUAUUAG